AUGAUUGAUUUAUAACCAUAAAUAUCAUUAUGUGAAUCUAUUACAAUAGAAUAAAAUCUUCUUUCUUCAUAAUUAUCUACUUCAGAUAAAAAAGGUAAAAGUCGAUUUUAGUUCAUUAAAUAUGAAUUAGAUGAUAAAUAAAAUUAUGCUUUGAAUAAUAGAAAUAGAAUAAAGUAAUAACUUAAAGGUAUUGUAAUUGCUAUUAAUAAAGGUAGAUUACAAUUAAUAAUAACAAAACCUUCUUUAGAUGGUAAGAAUUAAUAGGUAGAACUAAAUGAAUUAGGCAAAAAAUUAGAUGUUGAUUUAAGUGAUCUUGAUUCAUAUUGCAUUUGUGUUGAUAUUAAAAAAUUUGAUCAAGAAUAUGAAAUGAUGGAAAUUCUUGGAGAAGGUUGUAUGGGAUUAGUUAAAAGAAUUGUAGAUAAAAAGACUUAAAAGGAAUAUGCAGUUAAAAUAGUAUAAACUUAAGAUGAUGAAAUUAUUAGAAAUGUAAGUUUAAUUAAUAUUUUUUUAAGAUGAUAAUUGAAUUUAAAUCACUCUUAAAGUUGAAUCAUGAUAAUAUUGUGAAAGUUUAUAAGUUAUAUAUAGAUUUUAAUAAUGGAUUUUAGUCUGAAAGUAAAGCAUAUGCUGUAAUGGAAUUAAUUUAAGGAAAAGAAAUGUUUGAAGUCAUUAAUGAAUUAGGACAUUAUACAGAAAAUGUUGCUAAGGAAUUAUUUAAAUAAUUAUUGAGUGCCAUAGAAUAUAUGCAUAGAAAUGGAAUUUGUCAUAGAGAUUUAAAACCAAAUAAUAUUUUAUGUGUUUAAAGUAUUUUUUAUUAAUUAUUAGAUAAAAAUUAGAUAAAAGUAACUGACUUUAAUGUUAGUAAAUUCAGCGAUUCCUAUAAAGAAUUUGGAGAUUUAAAAGAAAGAGAAAAAAUUGAAAUGUGGACUUAUACUGGAACAGUGGCCUUCUCUGCUCCAGAAAUUUUUACAGGAGAAGGUUAUAAGUAUUUAUAUUUUUAAUAUUAACAAUAAAGUUAAAUGGUAGAUAUGUGGAGUGCUGGUUGUAUUCUUUAUUCAAUGUUAUCAGGGUAAUUGCCAUUUAUUUCAGAAUAGUAAAUUAAUAUUAUAUUUUAGUUUAAAUGAUUUGAUAGAACAAAUUAAACAAGCUUAAAUUUAAUUUCCAGAUCAAUAAUUUAAUUAAAUAUCUAAAGAAGCUAAAGAUCUAGUUUUAUAAUUAUUAUAAAAAGAUUCAGCAUUAAGACCUUAACCAGAUGCUGCUUUAUAACAUUCAUGGUUUUAGAAUAGAAUUUUUUAGUAAGAAAUGUAAAUGACAAUUAAUAUAGAAAUUUCAAAAAAUAUUCCCAGAUUGUCAUCUAAAUAUUAAAAGAAUAAUCAAAAAUCUAAAAGUAUACUAUUAAGAUCUUCUUAGAAUAUAUCAUCUUAAAUUGAUAAAUUAAAUCUUUAAUAAUCUGAAUUUACUUCUAGUCUUGAAUAGCUUAAUAAUAAAAAAAGCAAUCAUUUUAUAAACUCUUUUUUUUAAAGUCAAUUAAUUACAUAAAUUACAAAUUAAAAUUAGAAUGAUGGAACUUCUAUUACAGAUUUUGCAAAUUUAUAAAUCAUAAGAAAUACUUCAAAUUUUAGUGAAGAUCUUUGUGAUCUUGAUUAUGUAAAUCUGGAGUAAUUUAUAGUCUACAAAAAAAAGUAAAAUGAAAAUGAAGAAAUUAAAUAGUGA